AUGAAGGUCGACAAUGAGCUGAUCACGGCGUUGAUUGAGCGUUGGAGGCCGGAGACACACACUUUCCAUCUACCAAUCGGUGAGACGACGAUCACCUUGGAAGAUGUGCAAGCCAUUUGGGGCUUGAGGGCGGAUGGUCACGUUUUCACAGGGCGUGACUAUCAUGACAACUUUUCAGAUUGGACCAGCAAGUGCCGCGAUCUGUUGGGAUGGAUACCAGAUACUUCCACAGAGACAAAGCAAGGCGGUUUGCUAAUGACCGCGCUGAUCAACAAGACAAGGAUGCCUCUGGGUGAUGACCUACCUACGUACGUAUACAUCCAAAGGGCCCAUAUCCAUGCCCUAAUUUUAUUAGGAGGUCUCAUUCUACUGGACACAACGGGGUGUAAGGUGCCAUUUAUGUGGUUGAAUGGGCUUGGGGAUCCGGAAGAGGUGAAGAAUAUUAGUUGGGGAAGUGCGGCAUUGGCGUACCUUUAUCAUUAUCUGUGCGAGGCUUCCAUGGAUAAGAGAAAAGAGUUGGGCGGACCUAUGAUCCCUCCGCAGAUAUGGGCGUGGGAAAGAAUGCCCACAUUGAGGCUUGCGUUCAUAGGACCAGUUGUGCACGAGCCAUAUACACCAUGUGGCGCCAGGUGGAAAGGAACAACGCAGAUAGGAAAUGCUCCUAGACACUCGGUUGAGCAUUACCGUGACCAAAUAUAUCUGAUUAGACCUGGCCAGUUUAUCUGGACGCCAUAUGCACCUUGCAUACUGCCUGACUACUGCAAUGAUGUGACUGGAUGCUCUUUGUGCGAAACCUACUUGGUAUGUUGGGCCUAUGUCGAGGCCCAUGAGCCUGGAAGAGUGCGCCGACAGUUCAAUCGGUAUCAGGAUAUACCUCAGUAUGUAGACAGGAUGCUAAGGAACGCCGAUCAUUUGGGCAAAAAUGAUCGGCGUGGUAAGAAGGGCAACAACUGGGCAAACACGCAUCAGUUCUACAUUGGGGAGUGGGACAUGAGGUACGAAAGGUUCCAAGCUGCCGAAUACGCCGCACCGAUGUCCAUGAAUAUUCCCAUGAACCCGGGGUAUAUGGCGUGGUAUAACAGGAUUACCGUGACGUACAUGACUCAGCCUGGGACAUGGGCCACUGCUGGGAUGAACGAGUCGGCUGCUUCGAUGAGACUAUUUGUUGAGGGUUUUCAACAGGUUUUCCAUUUAACUACGGAAGACGAAAUGGACCCACGAGUGCGCCAGAUUCGAGAAAUUGUUAAGAAUGUCCUCGAAUCUACGAACAAUGCUGAUGUCAAGGAGUACCCCGCUUCUCAACAUCAGGAUGUGGUCAUGCCUUAUGAACCAGAAGUAGUUCCACGGCGUCGUGGAGUGCAUGGUGUUCGGACUGGGGGACACGGCUAUACAAAGCAGUUUAGGAUGUCCCAGUCGUUGCCCGAUUAUGUAGCACCAGAGCCGCAGUAUCAAGAGCAUGACCCACCCCAGUGCCAAGACGUGCAGAAAUGGAGUGGAGCCCGAGCGUCGGUCGAUUCAUUCUUCCAGAAUUAUCAGGUCGUGCCUCCUGUACAAGCUGAAGAAGAGGAUGAUGAAGGAGAAGAAGAAACUGACAACGUAGGGGAGGAAAAUGAGGAGGAAGACGUUGUUCAAAGCAUCCAUGUCCAACCUCGACCAGAUAUGGAGGGUUCAUCACGCGGCGGGGUUGGGAAGCUCAUGAGUAAAGUUUACAAAAGACUGUCAACGAGGAAGAAUAAGGGGAUUGAACAGUCUAAAUACACUCCGUCGUCGUAUAAGUAG